AUUUUAUUUCUUCUCCCCCAUUUCACACACACACUCACAGUGUUAUAUUUGUAACAUACAGUGGAAUCGGUUAAUGGUUUUCAAUUAACAAUCUUUCAUUUUUAGUCAUUCAAAAUAAUCAUAAAGUUUGAAUCUUUUUUCUUUUUGUUUCAAGAAAAAUGGCAUCAGCAAACCCUUUUGAUCUUUUGGUUGAUGAUGAUAACGAUGACGUCACUCAGCUUUUAGCUAAGCUUCCGGUGGCCGCCAAGAAAUCCCCGGCUGGUGGUGUGCCUGCUAAGCCGGCAGCCAAACUUCCUUCCAAGCCACUCCCCCCUGCACAAGCUGUGCGAGAGGCAAAUGGUCAACGUGGAGGAGGGAGGUUUGGUGGACGUGGGAUGGGGAGAGGUGGUCGUGGUGGACGUGGUUUCAAUCGUGAUUCAUUUGAUAACGAGGAUGCUCAUGGAAACAACAAUGGGUUUUCUGGAAGGUACAAAUCAUUGGAGAAUGGAGACUCUGAGAAUCCAUCUGAAAGAAAUGGUCAACGUGGAGGUAACCGUGGGGCCAGGCGAGGUGGUUACAGCAAUGGAGAUGCAGUAGAAGGUGAACGCCCUAGGAGGGUGUUUGAACGCCGCAGUGGAACCGGGCGCGGAAAUGAGUAUAAGCGUGAAGGUGCAGGUCGGGGCAAUUGGGGAACUGCUGUUGAUGAGGUUGCCCCGGAGACUGCAGAACCAACCACUGAAACUGAAAAGAUCAUGGACUUUGAUAAACAAGCUGGACAAGAAGAAACAACCGAGACCAACAAAGAGAAUGGUGUUGAUGUGGCAGAGGAGAAAGAGCCAGAGAAGGAGGAAAUGACACUGGUGGAGUACGAGAAAGUGCUAGAAGAGAAGAGGAAAACAUUGACAUCUCUGAAGUCUGAGGAAAGGAAGGUUGGGUUAGACAAAGAUUUGGCAAAAAUGCACCUGCUUUCAAACAAAAAGAGUGAAGAAGACAUCUUUGUUAAACUGGGUUCCGAGAAGGACAAACGGAAGGAGGCUACUGAAAAGGAAGAAAAGAUGAAGAAGUCUGUCAGCAUUGAUGAGUUUCUAAAGCCAGCUGACGGAGAAAGGUACAAUAACCCAAGUGGACGUGGUAGGGGCCGUGGACGUGGCUUUAGAGGAGGAUAUGGUGGUGGAAACAGAAUGAGCAAUGUGGCUGCACCUGCUAUCGAGGAUGUUGCCCAGUUUCCAUCCUUGAAAGUCAAUUGAGCUUUUUUUUUUCAUGAAUUUUUCAGGGUUUUUGCUUAGUAAUGUUGAAAUGACACUGGUAUUUAAAACUCCAACGGGGGUCUUGUAAGAGUGUGUGUCGUCAAGAUAACCUGCACUUGGCUUCCUUUUUAUCAUGACUCGUUCAAUGGUAUUUUUCUUAGCCGUGAA